AUGGUGGUGGCUGACGGCACCAGCAGCCUUGCAAAAGUACCGCGUGGGGAGCAUGCGGAGGAGGCUGCGGAGGAGGAGGAGGUGACUCGACCCGGCAUGGCGCUAUUCGCAGCCGGCUUCAAUCCGUGGAAUCAGCUCUCUCUCGGCCGCGACGCGGACUCCGGCCACGAGUCCGAUGACUUGUUCUCCUUUGCAAAAGUCCUCGACGGCCGCCGCAUCCGCCGUCCCGUCGCGCGCCUGUCUUACACGCUAGUGCAGCGAGAUGGCGCAUGGGUAAAGGCCGGUGUCGGCUUCCCGGACGAUGGGAAUGACGACGCCCUUGACGCCGCCUACGCAUGUGCCGAGGCGGCCAACGGGGAACUCCUCGUCGUUUGUGACGACAACACCCCUGCGGUGCCUCAUGGCAUCGGUGGUGAUGUUCAGAAAUCAAAAGUCCUUGCCAAGUACGCCUCCAGGAGUGACCUGCACGCCCAGAACAGACAGGCGACCUGGCGCUGCAAAAGUCCUGUCGAGGCCGUUGCUGCGUUUGACGCCGGAUUCGUUAUUCUGUACAGCGAUGGCGCCGUAGCGACGCUUGGCGAUGCUCGUUUCCAGGAUUGCCUCGCUCGAGAGGUCACCGCCGACUCACCCUCCACGGAGCCGGGCAUCGUACCCGACCUUGCCAGCCUCGGGGAACCAAUCAAGAAGAUUUCGGCUGGAGGAUACACUCUCGCAGCACUGACAGAGAGCGGCGACAUAUACGCCUGGGGGAUGCCCACGGGCGGAACGCAUCGUCGCCAGCAGGCCCUCCGCGGACUCGGCGGAAUCCCCAACUACAUCGAGGUUGACGGCGGCAAGGAUGUCUUCGACGUGGCUCUGGGCGACUCGCACGCCAUCGCCCUCACCAUCGACGGAUCCGUCUACGUUGUCGGGAGCAAUUCGAAUGGCCAGCUUGGCCUGGGCACGACAGUAGAACGGGCUGAGUCGUGGACGAGGCUCGACCUGUCCGAUGGGCACCAGAUAUCCGGCGUUGCUGCUGGUCCACGGUGCUCCUUCAUCCUCACAGGCCAGCCGCCUCCGUACCCGUUCAGAGACGCAGAAACUAGGUAA